GUUAGAUUAGCUUUAACUCCUAAAACCUGAAAUUUGCCCAAUUUCUCACCACAGAAUCAAAGUAAAAUUGCUGUCUUUUUGUUCCCAAACCCCACUCUUUUUCCCCAAAGAAAUAAGUAAAUUGUUUUUUGAAACUCUCUUCAAAUUUCAAAUGAACAGUAUCAGUGUGCUUUUUGCUUGAUGUUUCUUUACUUUUGUUGCUCUUUUUUUUUUUCAGCUGUGUUAGAAAUUUUUUAAAAAAGCUUCUCAAGCAUUAAACUUGAAGCUGUUUUUUGAUUUUCUUUUUCUGGGUUUUAGGUUUUGUGCUUUGAUGCCAGUUGCAAAAUAAAUUUCUCGAUUUAUUGAGUUAUUUUUUCCUGAGAAUCUGUUAAGUUUUUGGGUGUUUGGGGGUGAGGAAAAUCAUGUUUUUUUUCAUGAAAAGUUUGUAGAAAUUUUCUUGGGGGUGUUUUGAUAUGGAAAGUAGUGGUGGAGUAACAGUAGUGGGAUCAGAUGCUCCGUCGGACUACCAUGUAGCUCCGAGGACUGAAAACCCUAGUCAGGUCACUGGAUCAACACAAGCUGUGAUACCCCAACUGGGUGUCUCUCCACCGGCGGGUACGGCGGCCAUCCUGGUGGCAGGCCCGGUGAAGAAGAAGAGAGGUAGGCCGAGGAAGUAUGGACCAGAUGGGUCGGUUAAUAUGGCGAUUUCUCCGAAGCCAAUAUCGUCUUCGGCUCCACCUCCGGUGAUUGACUUCUCGGCGGAGAAGCGAGGCAAAGCCCGGCCGGUAGGGUCCGCUAGCAAGCAAGCUGCCAAGAUGGAGGUGGAGAGUUUAGGCGAAUGGGUUUCAUGCUCUGUUGGUGCUAACUUUACGCCGCAUAUCAUCACGGUUAAUGCUGGAGAGGACGUCACAAUGAAGGUGAUAUCAUUUUCUCAACAAGGACCGCGGACAAUAUGCAUUCUCUCUGCAAAUGGCGUAAUUUCAAGUGUGACACUCCGUCAACCUGAUUCUUCUGGGGGCACAUUGACAUAUGAGGGUCGUUUUGAGAUACUCUCCUUGACCGGAUCAUUUAUGCCAUCAGAAAGUGGAGGAAUAAGGAACAGAUCUGGUGGGAUGAGUGUUUCUUUAGCAAGCCCAGAUGGACGUGUUGUGGGGGGUGGAGUCGCUGGUCUAUUAGUAGCGGCCAGUCCUGUGCAGAUUGUUGUAGGCAGUUUUUUGACGGGGAACCAUCAUGAGCAGAAGACCAAGAAACAGAAAACAGAGGCUAUAACGACUGCCACACCUACUGCUGCCAUUCCGAUUUCUAGCGCAGGGAUUGAAGAGACAUAUGGUGGGCAUGCACAGCACACUACAGCUGCCACAAAAACAAACCUAUCAUCACCCUCUUCCUUCCGUGUAGAAAACUGGUCUUCGUUGCCCUCAGACUCGAGAAAGCCAACUGACAUUAAUGUAACUCUGCCUGGAUAGUUUUCAACGACCUUGACCACGGCCUAUUCUGCAAUGAAGAUUUGUAACUGCUCACAUUGGACUAGACUCCAAUUGAUGUAUCUCACUUCACUUCACUUUGUUUGUCUGUAAACCUAGUAUGCGGAUGUUGUUUUCCGGCCGGGUUCUGUUUUAGUUUAGUUAGUGCAGUAGAUGAGCUUCUUCAACUGUUGUUGUGUUAUUCACCCCUGAAUUUAACUUCCAUCUUGAAUGAGAAGCAUUAUGGUUUUAAUAUGCCACUAGCUUCACUAUGUUGGCUUUCUUUUUAU